AGCAUUAGCUGCUACACCAGAGGCACUGAACACUGACACUAGUGUAAUUGUAGAGAUUUUUGAUCCUAAUAUACAACCCUUCUAGCAACCAGGUAUCAGUCAAUGAAGCAAGGCGAGAGAUGUCCACCUGAAACACUAACAGACUUUGAGAGAUUUCCAACAACUAAAAAUGGGCUGUUACAGCAUUCAAAGAGGGCAAUACUUCAAGCCACAUAUAUUUGGGGACAGUCUGCCACUAAGGACCCAAAGGUCCCCUCACCUGUAGAUUGGGGCUGGGUAAAGCAGGAUGAUAUAUGGUGCCCCCUCUGGAGAGCAUUUUCUCAAACAGCAUAUAUAUCCCAGAUGCUUGUAAGAUAUUCAUGCUCAAAGUCAAAUUGUGCAACAAACUGCAGUUGCAGGAAAAAAGCAAAGUUUCACUGCACAGAACUUUGUGUUUGUAAAGGACUAUGUGGUAACUCAGAAACAGGGUUGUGAACCUGAGGUAGUAUCAUAAGCUAGAAACAACACAGAGUAAAAGUUAAGUGUGAACAAUCUUUGUAUUUUGAAU